UCAUGCCAACUCGGACUUGGGGAGUCCUCCUCCACUCCUCUGCCAGAGCUCGCCGUCUCCGGCCAGGCCAUGUGGUCCCCACCGCCUCCGCCGCUCCCCCUCCAGCUCCGGCGACCGACGCUACCUCUAUUUCCCCAAGGACGCCGCCGCAGCCGUCGCCUCAACCGCAUCGCCGCCUCGCAGGAGGACCCCCUGACCGCCCUGUCCCGCGUCCUGUGGGGCCGCGCGCUGCCGCCGUCGCAGCUCGUCCUCGCCGUCCGCCACGGCUGGACCGCCGCGUGGCGGCUCCUCAUGCGCCAGCUCGCGCCCUCCGACCCGGCCACGGGCGCCUUCACCCGCACCCCGUCCCGCUUCCCCGCCGUCGCGGCCGCCCCCGCCCCCGGCGCGCGCCUCCACCUCUACGUCGGCCUGCCCUGCCCCUGGGCCCACCGCGCCCUCCUCGUCCGGGCCCUCCUCGGCCUCGCGCCCCGCCUCCCGCUCUCCGUCGCCGUCCCGGGCGACGACGGAGCGUGGUCCUUCACCCGCGACAGCCCCGACGCGCUCUACGGCGAGCGCCGGCUCCGGGACGUGUACGCCGCCCGGCGCGGCGGGUUCGAGGGCCGGGCGUCCGUGCCCAUGCUCUGGGACGCCGACCGCCGCGAGGUCGUCUGCAACGAGAGCAUCGAGAUCGCCAAGUUCCUCUGCACGCUCCCCGACGCCAACCCCAACGCCCCCGACCUCUGGCCGCCGGAGCUGCGCCAGGAGAUCGACCGCUGGUACGGCGUCAUCUACCCGAGCGUCAACAACGGCGUCUACCGCUGCGGGUUCGCGCAGAGCCAGGCGGCGUACGACGCCGCCGCGGCCGAGCUCUUCGCCGCGCUCGACAUGCUCGAGGACCACCUCUCCAGGUCCCGGUACCUGUGCGCCGCCGGCACCGGCAUGACGCUGGCCGACGUGUGCCUCUUCACGACGCUCAUCCGGUUCGACCUGGUGUACAACCCGCUGUUCCGGUGCAGCAGGAGGAAGCUGGUGGAGUACCCCAGCCUGCACGCCUACACCCGGGACAUCUACCAGAUGCCCGGCGUCGCCGAGACCUGCGACAUGGCCGCCAUUGCUGACGGCUACUUCGGGACGCUCUUCCCGCUCAACCCUGGCGGGAUCCAGCCUGUCGUGCCGGCGAGCUGCGACCGGGAGGCGCUCAUGAAACCUCAUGGCAGGGAGGCAUUGCUUCCUCCUGCUCCUGGUAGGCAGCAGCAAGGAGCAACCGCUAGUGUUGGCUAGGAUUACAGUUUACAGAGCUUCCUAGGGUAGCUGAAUUGUGCAGCACAUCAAAAUACUUACUGAAUGAUGACUUCGUGUAUAGAGGAUGAAACUGAUAUUUUUGUGUCAUAUAUAAAUGCUUUAGCAAUA